AUGAAAUUAUCUGUGACGGUGAUUUUCUUUGUUUUGGCCUACAUUAACUUGGCCAAUUGCAAAAGUAUUAAAAACUACUAUGCCAAUAGCGUGAGUGAAUAUAAGGGACGAAAACCCUUGGCCAGUCCCUUGGCUAAUGGCAUACACGAUAGCACCUAUACCCGUUCAAAACGCCAGAUUCCCCAGGAAAUACAAGAUUUGCAAGAUCUUCUAGUCAACACCAAAAAGGAAUGUGCCAAGGAAUUGGGCUUUAAUCCAUCCAUUAAUGACAAGUCCCUGUUGUACGAAGACAAUCCCACGCCACAGGAAAAAUGUUUGAUGGCUUGCAUUCUUAAGAAAGUUAAAUUGAUGGACAAAACCAACAGAUUGUCGGUAGAUGGCAUUGCAAACAUUGCCGCCAGUGUCUCGCAGAAUAAUCAAUUGGUUGUGUCUGUGGCCGUAGCUACAGCCAAUAACUGCAACAAUUUAAUUCGAUCCAAUCAUCCUUGCGAGGCUGCUGCCCAAAUUAACAAAUGCAUUGGCGGUGCCUUGAAGGCUAAUAAAUUGAAAUUGUUCUAUUAAAUGUAC